AUGUCUGCACUGACAUGUGGGGUUAUUCCUCCCCUCCGUGCAGUAGAUUGCUGCAAGCUAGAAGGAGUGAUGCAAACUCAUGAUGAAGAAACUCGGAAGUUUUUCAAGCAUUCAUCAGUCAUCUGUGUGCUGUCACCUCGUUAUGCCAGUAGUAAGCUUAGCAUUGUCAAGCAAAAGGUUGUUGGGACCAUCUUUACACACCAUCAGAAAUGUGUGCUGGUUGAUACACAAGCACCUGGAAAUUACCGAAAGAUCACUGCAUUUUUGGGUGGUCUUGAUCUUGGCGAUGGUCGCUAUGACACUCCUGAGCACAGACUGUUUCGCGAUCUUGACACUGUAUUUCAUGAUGAUUAUCACAACCCUACAUUCCCUGCAGGAACUAAUGGUCCACGACAACCAUGGCAUGAUUUGCACAGCAGAAUUGAAGGUCAUGCUGCAUAUGAUGUCCUUAAAAACUUUGAGCAGCAUUGGAGAAAGGCAAAAAAAUGGUCAGAGUUUGGCCGGCGUUUCAAGGGGAUAUCUCAUUGGCAAGAUGACGCUUUGAUAGAGAUAGAACGUAUCUCAUGGAUACUUAGUCCGUCUCCAAAUGUGCCUGAUGAUGGCCCUAUCCUUUCAGUCUCCAUGGAAUGGCAUCCUGAAACUUGGCAUGCUCAGGUUUUCCGAUCAAUUGACUCUGGAUCGGUAAAAGGAUUUCCUAAAUGUGUUCAUGAGGCUGAGGCUCAGAACCUUGUUAUUGAUAAAAAAUCAGUGGUCGAUAGGAGCAUUCAAACAGCAUACAUCCAGGCAAUUAGAUCUGCCCAGCACUUCAUAUACAUUGAAAAUCAAUAUUUUCUAGGGUCAUCUUAUGCAUGGCCAUCACACAAUAGUGCAGGUGCUAAUAAUUUAAUCCCAAUGGAAUUGGCACUAAAGAUUGCUAGCAAAAUAAGAGCUAAUGAGAGAUUUUCAGUGUAUAUUGUCAUACCAAUGUGGCCUGAGGGUGUUCCUAGUUCUGCUACUGUGCAAGAGAUUCUGUUUUGGCAGGGUUAUGUUUCUACACUGAAGAUGCGGUAUACAUCAUCCAAGUGCCCACUCUUCGGAGCAUACAUAAACUGGCUCACUACUCCCACUGCAUAA